AUGGCGUUUCUACAUUCUCAUUCAUGCGAAUCCAUGAAAUUUGAGUUGGAACUCUUUUCAUUACCACCCACUCAAACCACCAUCGAACAAGCUAAUUGGAUACACUACAAACCCAUUUCAUCUUUUAGAGAUUCUGCACCUAUAGAGUUUGUAGUUCCGGGCAGUGGCGAUGAAUACAUAGACCUUGCGCACACUAUGCUAACUAUACGCGCACGUAUUCUGCCGCUUACGCUUCCCGUAGCAAAUGCCUCAGGUCAAAUGCCUGAAGACACUACUCCUGGAACUAUAAACAAUAAUCUGCACUCUAUGCUUAAUCAGAUCGAUGUUUAUUUCAAUGGAAAACUUGUUUCACCACCAAAUGAUGCCUAUGCUUAUAGAGCGUAUAUAGAGAUACUUCUCAAUUACAGUCCCGAUACCAAAAAAUCACAUUUGACAACCGCUUUAUGGUACGAUGAUACAGCUGGCAAAAUGAACGAAAUUAUUACUGAUGGUAACAAAGGACUAGCAAAACGCAAAACAUUUACUGCUGGUGGGAAGGUAUUUACUUUGCUAGGACACCUUCAUUGCGAUGUUUUUAACCAAGAAAAAUUUUUACUGAAUGGUGUGGAAGUAAGACUACGUCUUGUACGUGCAUGUGACUCUUUUUCUCUUUUGGGUGAAUCUACCUCACAUAACCUGCAUAUUUGGGAAGCUUCUCUUCUUGUACGACGUGCAAAAAUCAGCCCAGGAAUUCUAAUCGCUCACGCUAAAGCACUUUCCAAAUCUACAGCAAAGUAUCCCUUAACAAGAAUUGAAGUCAAGGCCAUCACGAUGCAAUCGGCAUUUCAUGGCCAUACUAUAGAUAAUGUUAUAUUAGGGCAACUACCUAAACGAUUGAUUAUAGGAUUUGUCAGCAACAAAGUCUUCAAUGGCGACUUUGGAUCAAAUCCUUUCAACUUUCAGAAUUAUAAGAUUAAUUAUUUUUCAUUAUAUGUUGACGGUGUGCAUGUACCUUCAAAACCUCUACAACCUGAUUUCACCCAAGACAAACUCUACGUGGAUGCAUAUCAUACGCUGUUCUCAGGAAAAGGAAUUCAUUUUCUCAACGAGGGUAAUUCUAUUACAAAAACUGAUUAUGCUAAUGGAUAUUGUCUCUUUGCCUUUCACUUGAUACCUGACCUAUAUGUAAAUGAUAAUGGCCAUUGGAAUCUUGUGAAACAUGGAAGUGUACGUAUAGAAGUACGAUUCGAAGAAGCACCAACACUGUUAAUUGUAUUGUAUACGCUGAAUAUGAUAAUAUUCUUGAAAUUGACUCGUCACGUCAGGUAA